CAUCAACCAGCAAGAUUCUCCUGCGUUCCUUUAUUCACCACCUAGGUCAUAGAAUAUGGAUGAAGCCUUGCAGGACAAUUCGCGGCUGUGCCAUGCAAUCCUUCGACGCUUCGAAGCAGCUAUUGGUCCUCAUCACAAUUCGGCGCCUAGAACCAUGCAUGUGCUGGCGUCUGACACAGCCCUAAGCCCUCGUCCAGGAAAGAUAAGUAUCUCCGACUCUGUUGUCAGAUGUCUCUCUCGACUGUCUCUGUAUCUUGCCUUGUUCUAUUGAGGAUGUCUACGCCAACGAUAACGACACCGACGGUUCAGAGACGGAGAGACAGGUGGAAGAGUCUGUUACCUGGAAGAGCGAGGGCUGUUUCCCCUCGUCCACCAGUUGCUGGCACGUCGACAAGCGCUCCCCCGCAGACCUCGCAGUUGUUCCCAUCUUCGUCGGUCACCCCAACAGUGUCUAUCUUAGGCACACCACCUCCACAGCAAAACAAUUCCCCUCCUCUACCUGCCACAUCAAGUCCCUCUUCAGCCAAUCCUGCUCUGCUCAUAGCGAUCCAAAACCAUCUCAAUAAAUUGCCAGAGCAAGACAAGGAGAGAUUUCGUCAAGCUUCUGCCACUAUCACAGACGAGAACCUACUUUCUAACAUCAGGAAGCUGAAUGACCAACACAAGUCGGACUCACUUUUCCGUCGCCAUGCGGACAAGUUGUCCAAGUUCCUUGGACUCCUCGACCGCUUGCUGGGGAGCGUAGCUAUCGCAAUUCAAGCCGAUCCUGGCAUAGCAUCUAUACCUGUUGGUGGUGUGAGACUGAUCGUUGACCUGGCCAAGGGAUUCUUCGAGUUCUUCGACAAGCUGGUUACACUGCUCGAUCACAUCUCCGACCUCAUGAUGCCAUUACAGGAGUAUGUAAAAUCCGUCCACAUACCUGUCAUCGCCAGUGCGCUCAUAACUGUUUAUGGUGACCUAUUGGAUAUUUGCAAGCAGACCAGCGACAUGUUCCUCGACAAAGAAGGAAACAAAAAAGUAUCUGUAAGCUGGAGGAUAUCGUUAAGGCUGCAAUGGGAGCCUUUCGAGAAGAGUGUUGGCGAGAUAGAGGCUCGUAUGAAUCACCAUCGCGAGAAUCUGCUGCAUGCAGCCGGGGCGACUUUACUAUCCGCGACAGAAGUAGAUCGCCGAGACCGAGAGCGCGAGAUCCAGCAGCGGCUGCAGGAGCAACAACAGCGCGACACGCAGGGGCGGCAACGUGAGACUGAACAUCGAACCCAAGAGCAAUUGAGAGCAAGAGAAGAAUUUCUACGCUGGUUGUCGCCCCACAACUUUGAGCACAAGCAAAACGAGACUUUCAAGACCAAGCAUCAAGGCACCGGCGACUGGUUGUUGCAGACGGAAGAGUUCUCAAAUUGGGAGAAGGCGACGACCUCUCAGCUACUGUGGUGUCAUGGCAAACCUGGCGCAGGGAAGUCUGUCCUAGCGUCUCAUGUAAUCAAUCACCUCCAAAAGACCCAAAUGGCAAACCAGACGGGUCUCUGUUUUGCGUACUUUAGCUUCACUGAUCCAACCUUCCAUGGAGCUGCUCCCUUGACCUUGGCAUUGCUGAAGAAACUCUGUCAACAGCAAAGAUCCGUACCCGAUAUGCUGUCAAAAGCCAAGCAAGAGGCAAGAGAGCCUACCAGCGUCUCAAGUGUUGAAACGUUUAUUGAAGUCGCACAGUCGUUUCAACAGAUCUUCGUGGUCAUCGACGGGCUCGAUGAGUGUCCGGAAGAGCAACGACCAGCGAUACUGGACUUUAUCAUUGACGCAUCAGGUGUCACGAGUUCUUGUACCAAAGUCUUCGUGAGCAGUCGAAGAGAAGGUGACAUAUAUUCGCACUUCAGUUUCCUCAAAAAGCCGGUCAUCGAGCUCGAAGCCGGCUUGAUCACACCAGACAUCAUAAAGUUUGUCCGCGAGGAAGUAUUAAGACGUAGAGCUGUCUCUGAGCUGCAUAUUCAAGAAGAGAGUCUUCUCGAAGAAGUGAUUCAGAAAUUAAUCGGGGAAUCAAACGGCAUGUUUUUGUGGGUCCGUCUUCAGCUAGAUCAGCUUUGCAGAGCCAGCAGAAAAGGAACCGAUUAUCAUGUGAAAGAAGCGCUCUCACACCUUCCUCAAGGUCUUACUAAGAUAUACGCGCGCAUCUUCGACGGAAUCGCUGCACAGUCACUCGGGGAUAGAGAGAUUGCCAUGGAAUGUUUUCGCUGGGUCCUCUAUGCAAAGGAAUCUAUCUAUGGCGAUUUUUUGCUGCCCGCACUUGCGCUACUGGGGUCGUCAUCCGCUACUCUGCAGGAGCUGGAAUCGAAGAAACUGGUGCCAGCCUACGUCUCCGAAGCUUGUGGAAAUCUGUUGAGCAUUGAUGAAUGGUCCGAAGUCAAGCUCAUACACUUUUCCGUCGAUGAAUUCCUGCGAAAGGUCUUGUUGAGCACAAGUGGAGGCUAUUGGAAAGACUUAGGAGAUCGACAUAAUGCCGAAUUUGUUCUGGCUUGCCGUUGCAUCGAUCUGCUUCUGCUUGCAGAUAUCAGCUCACGCAGCCGCGGCUUUGCAUACGCAGCCAACAAUUUUGAUACGCAUAUCUUAGGUUCAAUAGAUGGCUCUGCUGAUCUGCCACCUGGUUUGCGGACAAGGAUCGACCAACUCUUUGGAGUUGACGACGGGCGCCUUCGAUGGCUCUUAGAGUCGCGGUCGGUAUACGAGGAUGAACAUACCGAACCAGUCUCGUCGAGCUGGCUCGUCUGGUCAACCAAACUGUGUAAUAUUCCUUCCUUGAAAACAAUCUGGCCAGAUCUGGCAAGUCCAAAGAAUGCCCUCCUUCUCGCGGCAGGACAUGGAGAAAUCUCAGUUUUGGAACUUUUACUGUCAGAAGGCCUUGAUAUCCACGAGACGGACAGAUCGGGCUGGACGGCCUUGUCGCAUGCUACCUAUCACAACAACCAACCAGUCAUUGAGCUACUUCUGCAAGGAGGUGCGAUAGCAGAUAUGUCUAAGGCUGGCACUGGAGUGUUGCACCUAGCUGUUAGCUUUGACGACAUCGAUUUGACAAGGAAACUGUUGAUUGCUGGCGCCGAUGUGAAUGGAGUUGAGUAUGUCCGUUCAAAAACCCCUUUGAUGCACGUUCAAUCACUGGCCAUGGCAAGAAUGUUUUGCGAAGAGUUCAAAGCGGACCCCAAGAUCGAUGAUGCUCGUGGAAUGAAUGCUCUUUUCCAUCUACGAGGGACACCCUUCGACGAUAUGACCGCGAUCUUUGAGUACCUUGUCAAGCAAGGUGCGGACGUGGCCGCUACAGCUCCAAUUGGAAUGAACAUCCUGGAUCAUGCUGUGCAACAACGUUGGGGCUUCAAGAAAGUACAAUUCCUACUAAAGCAUUAUCCGCAAUUAGCCAGCAAACAAGAACACGAAUGGACAGCUUUGCAUUGGGCAUGUAAAAGACAUCAUCCAAUCCUGGAUAAUGUGAAGGAGUUGGUAUGUCACGGGGUGAAUGCAUCAACAAUCACGACUACCCAUCCACCGGGAAGUUGGACUCCAUGGGACAUAUCGAUACACUAUUCAUCAGACUGGAUCUUUCAGGAGUGUGAAAUCGAGAUACAUGGUCUUGGUGGACCAACAACUAGCCAAACAGUUGCUCUCGCGGCAGGGGAUGGCCCCAGUGUUGAUGCUGCAGUGGCAGAUUACAACAAAAUCGACAAUUUUAAGUGCAGUUUGUGUGGGAUGAACAUGUGGGCAUUCAGGUUUGACUGCACGACCUGCCAUCAAGAAUUCUGCCUGAUGUGCAACGAUCGCAUACACUCCAGGAAUCCAGAUCAUGAAUACAGAACCACAUAUCGUGUACCUGUUGAGCUUGAAAAUUUUGCCGUUCAAGUUCCCCAUUUGUUCGACCCACAAAGACCAGACUGGCAAGAUUGGCUUGAGGAAAUAGAAAUGAGGAUCAAAAAGGAGGAAAGUGGACGGCUCGAACAAGAAGACCGAGUAACGGAGCUUGAAGAUGUUGACGGUGGUGCUGAGUCCGCUGACAACUAAGUGGGAUUGGGAUCCUGCUUUGACAGGGGUUGCGACGUCGAGCAUCAACGCUCGUUCUUCAGACUGUACAUCUUCCAAGUAUAGUCAAUGGAUUUUGGUCUCAUCUCGCACGCCCUUUGAUAUUCCAGGGAUACUAUCACAUUUGGUCUGGCCAGGAGAUUAAGAGCUCUUGAUGACUGGAAUCCCCUUUACUACCUGUUCUCAACUUGUAAAGGAUCGUUAUCACCUAACGGAUAUGACAAGUUGUACCCAACAUGUGUUCUCGGAAUAGUGCAAGGCAAUGGCACUGCUUAGACACGCCU